GAGAACCCUCGACGGUGCAACACUGCGUAGCCACCUCCAGAUAGCGAUUCGGAGUGGUCCCCCACAGACACAGAACAGUUUGACUUGCCGGACGUCUUGCAAAACCCAGCACCUCCAUUCGCAUUUUUUCACAGCGGCCCCAAUUCAGCAAUCCCGACGGUUGGCCUCACGCGACACGGGUCCUCUCCAUUCCCACCACCCAGUCCAAACCACCUUCCUCACCACAAAACCCGUCAAGAUGCCCUACUACGCAAAAUCCGAAGACUGGCUGCACCAGUCCGCCCUCCUCCUCCAAGCCCGUCCCUCAACAACGCGCAUCACAACCCGCUACCACCUCAAACCCGCCCGGCGAGUCCCCAAGCCCAAGAAAUCCGACGCCACCACCACCAGCACCACCGCCCAAACACCAGCACCCCCAGCACAAAAACAACCCGCCGUCCAACCCGCCCAAGCCGACGCCAAACCCCCGCGCGGCCACCUCGUGCUCAAGACCUACGACCCGCACAGCGGCGUGACGCUCAAGUACAAGACCUCCAAGGCCGCCGAGGUGACGCGCCUCGUGCAGAUGCUGGGCACGCUGGGCCGCGGCAUGGCCGGGCUGGCCGCCGAGCCGGUAGCAGCAGCAGCAGCAGCAGCAGUAGGGGGGGAGGAUGAGGUUAUGGUGGAUGUGGCCGGUGCUGAGGUGGAGGGGGGCAGUGGGGUGCAGACGCCGGCUGCUGUUGGGGGGGGUGCGGGUGGUGCUGGUGCUGGUGUUGGUGCGGGUGGGAAAGAGCAGCAGCAGCAGCAGCAGGGGGGUGGCGGUGGGAAGAAGAAGAAGAGGGGGAAGAAGUGAGGCGUGUGCUGUCUGUUACGGUUACGGCCGUACCUGGCUGGUUACAUUCUGAGAGGUGAGGAAAAGGGGGUUAUUAGAGUGGCGAAUAAACUAGGAGUAUUUGUAUCAAGGCAGCAUUCUGAGAGACUUUGUUGACACCUGAAUCGCGAAUGUUGAGAUCGUGAUGGCCGGUCGAAGGACGUUAGGAGCAGGUGCGGCAGGGAGGCACGCGGUUGGCGGGAACUCGAGGUUGGGACAACUACUACAUGAAGGACACGCAUGGCAGGGCAAGUACAGUCAACAUAACUUAGAUCAAUGGGACAAGAUGUGUUCGC